CUCCUGUGCCUUGCGGCCUUCAGCAGUGCCCACCCAGGGCAUGAAGAAGCUGAGCGGCGGGCGGCCUUAGAGCGACGCGACUUUGUGCGCAGCGCCAGCCGCAGCCUCGCAGGCUGUGCCGACAAACUCGAGGCCAACGGCGUGCUCGCCAGGGCGGCGGAGCGGCGCGCGGCGACCUUCGCAAAGUACAGCAAGCGGGCGGCCGACCACCAGCAGCUCGAUUCGCGAGACUUAGCCCAGCUGCUCAACACGUCGCACCUUUCUGACCUCAAUGUGACGGCGACGACCCCCGAGACGGAGCUGUUCAACAACAGUGGGACGUGCAUCCUGAACCCAGAGGGCGACGUGGGCCCCUUUUACGUCCUGGGAGAGAGCAUCCGCUCCAACCUGACAGACGGGCAGCCGGGGGUCCCGCUGAUCCUGGACGGGCAGUUCCUGGACGUGGAGACGUGCGAGCCCAUCGAGAACCUGUACUGGGAUCUCUGGAACUGCAACACUACGGGAGUGUACUCUGGGAUCGCGGGCCUGGAAGGCGACAUCAACGGGAACAGCGCCGACCUCUCGAACCUGAACGCGACGUACCUGCGUGGGAUCCAGCCCACCGACGCCGACGGCGUGGCCCAGUUCCAGACCGUCUUCCCUGGCCACUACAGCUCGCGGGCGACCCACCACCACGUCAUCGGCCACAUCAACGCGACGGUGCUGCCCAACGGGACCAUCACAGGAGGCAACAUCGCGCAUGUGGGCCAGCUCUUCUACGACCAGGACCUGAUCUAUGCAGUCGAGGCGACGUAUCCAUACAGCCUCAACACAAUCCCGCUGACGCUGAACGCGGACGACCAGAUCCUGCUGUCCGAGACGGACGAUGUCGACAGCGACUCGGACCCAUUCAUUGAGUAUGCUUACCUCGGGGACGACCUGUCUGAUGGUCUGUUUGGGUGGAUCACCAUCGCCGUCAACGUCACUGCGUCGUAUGAUCCAACGUACCGCUUCGUGCGCACCUCGACU